CAAAGGGAGAGAUGCUUUGCGGAAUCUUGUCUGCAGUGGAGGCAAGAAGGAAACGGCAUUGACAGGGUUGUGAAUUGAGUGAGUGGAUCCGAGGGCUAAUCUUAUCUUAUCGAAGUCUCCCCUGUCCCUUGUCCAAAUUUAAACCUGAACCAUGAAGAGAAUCCCCAUGAAUUCAAGAAGGACAGGCAUGUCUCAACCCUUUCCCUUCUACACCACGGAACAUGGCCUGUCGCUGCCUUCAUAACCCACGGGUACUCUUACCAUUCCUCUACCCGUCAUUAUUUGCGCCCAAUGGCAGCAACAACAUAUCCCGAGUCGCCGCGGCCGCCGUCAAGGGCAAGCGCCACAGCAGCACCAGCGUCGCAACCACAACGCCCGCCUCGAACUCCCGGCUAAACCCAGCACCGGACGACUACUCGAUGCCCAACUUUGCUGACAAGGCCAAAUUGACCGUUUGUGCCGGCGCCGGCGGCCAUGGUUGCAUCUCUUUCCAUCGAGAGGCGUUUCUGCCCGACGGGCCUGCCAACGGCGGCGACGGAGGGCACGGCGGCAGUGUGUACAUCCAGGCAGUGCACGGCGAAACAUCGCUGCACAAGUUGGCCCGAAGGCGGAUCGUGCGUGCAGGAAAGGGCAAGAGCGGCCAAGGCAGCGCUCGGGGAGGGCAGCGCGGGGAUGACGUGGUCAUCUCAGUCCCCGUGGGUACCGUCGUCAGAGAGCUAAGCCGGGACGAUCCAGAAGCCGAGUACCGCGCACGCCGCAAGCGCAGGAGGAGCCGCGAUCCGGUGCCAGUAGAGGAAGGGCCGGAUGGGGAGCCGGUCGAAGAUCUCGAACGAGAGAAGUGGAUGCUCUACCCUGGAAUGUCGUCCUCGGACGCCAGGCGGAUCGAGCUGCCAAGGCUGCCGAACCGAGACCGCAUCUUCAAGCAGCCCCCGGAGCCAUUACACUUGGAUUUAUCUCGUCCCACGCCCCGGCCCAUCUUGCUUGUGGCUGGGGCACUCGGCGGGCUGGGGAACCCUCACUUCGUGACCAGAGGCGUGCCAAAGCCCAUGUACGCCACCAGAGGAGAGAAGGCCAUGUCAAUGCAGAUUGAGCUGGAGCUCAAACUCCUUGCUGAUGUCGGCUUGGUCGGGCUGCCCAACGCGGGCAAGAGCACCCUGCUCCGUGCCAUCAGCAACAGUCGUGCUCGGGUGGGUCAUUGGGCCUUCACCACGUUGCAGCCAAACAUUGGCACUGUUGUCCUUGACAACAACAAGGGUCGCCCCACGGUGACGAGCUACCGCCGAGUAUCACCUGACGACCCAUUCACCCCAAGCAACGAGCCCGAGGUUGAAUUGCGCACCAGGGUCACGGUUGCCGACAUCCCUGGUCUGAUCGAAGGCGCGCAUCUUGACAAGGGCCUCGGGAUCGCUUUCCUCCGGCACGUCGAGCGGGCUGGUGUCCUUGCCUUUGUCCUCGAUUUGGGGGCCGGAAAUGCCGUCAACGCCCUGAAAGCGUUGUGGAACGAGGUCGGGCUGUAUGCGCAGAUGCGGGAGGAGGAAGAGCGUCUCCGGGAGCGUCAAGCCGCCAUUGACUGGAGUGACGCGGCAGGUACCGAUGACGCGGACGACUCGUUCAUGCCGGGCGCAAUCGGGAUGGCAGACUAUUCCCCCCCUACGACGAACGUUGGCGGGCUCCAUAUUGCCGGGAAGCCUUGGUUUGUGGUAGCCACCAAAGGCGAUCUCCCAGAUACGCAGAGCAAUUUUGAGGAGCUGAGAGACUAUCUUACCGCCAUCACAAACGGGAACGAACCCCAUCCCAGCGGAGUUGAGGGUGCUUGGACGCAGGAUUGCAGGGCCAUUCCUGGAAACCGAGGCGGCGGUCGUGGCGGCCGCAGCCGUGACAACCGUGGAGGCCAUCAGCCGUAUCAGCGAUACCCCGAGGUGGUCAAGGAGAACCAGAAGUUGCAGCAAUACUACGACACGCUGCUGGGACUACCUGAUGACGAAAAGGCCGAGUUCUGGGCGGCUUUGAAGAGAGACCUACCCAACAGCUUCAGAUUUUGUGGGUCCAAAGGCCACGCGCUGGCCGUCAAGCGACUGCUUCAGACCAGAUACAUCCCCGAAAUUACACGCAUUACUCACGAAGGCGUCACCGUCGACCCGCCCAAACCUGUUCCAUGGUACCCCGAUUCGCUCGCCUGGUCCAUGACCACGCCAAAGAAUGUCGUCCGCAAGUUCCCCCCAUUCGCCGCGUUCCAGAAGUUCCUCGUGUCCGAAACCAGCGUUGGCAACAUCAGCAGACAGGAGGUGGUGAGCAUGAUCCCGCCUCUGCUCAUGGACCUCAAGCCCGGCAUGACUGUCCUCGACCUCUGCGCUGCGCCCGGCAGCAAGGCAGCUCAAUUGCUGGAAAUGAUCCACCGCGGGGAGGAGGCACGCAUUCGGCAGGUUGUUCGCACCUUCGCCGGUGACGCAGUCAAAACCGAAGACGCUCAGGAAGAGGAGGCCGCGCGGUUGGAAGCCGACCCGAGCGACGAUGGCAGAGCCACCGGCAUGCUUAUCGCCAACGACGCCGAUUACAAGCGCAGUCACAUGCUGAUCCAUCAGCUCAAGCGCCUGUCAUCGCCAAACAUGAUCGUUACAAAUCACGACGCUACCAUGUAUCCUGCACUGAGGAUACCGAACCCUGAAAAACCCCACCAACCAAACUACCUCAAGUUCGACCGUAUUCUCGCCGACGUCCCGUGCUCUGGAGAUGGCACGCUUCGGAAGAACGUCAACCUCUGGAAAGACUGGACGCCUGGUAACGCCCUGGGCCUUCACCUGACUCAAGUUAGGAUUCUUGUGCGCGCUCUGCAGAUGCUGAAGCCCGGCGGACGAGUAGUAUACUCGACCUGCAGCAUGAACCCUGUCGAGAACGAGGCCGUAGUGGCGGCUGCGAUUGAACGUUGCGGGGGACCGGAAAAGGUUGAAAUCAUUGACUGCAGCGAUCAGCUCCCACUACUAAAGCGGAAGCCAGGUCUGAGGAAGUGGCAAAUCAUGGACAAGUCUUGUCGCUUAUGGAACACGUGGGAGGAGGUCCAGGAGUACACGAAAUCCACCGAGGAUGGUGUCGCGCCGGGCAAACUUGUCGAGAGCAUGUUUCCCAGACCUGCAGGUAGCGACUGCGCUGAUCUUCCCCUGGAGCGGUGUAUGCGUGUCUAUGCCCACCAGCAGGACACGGGCGGCUUCUUUAUCACCGCUCUCCACAAAAAGUCCGAGUUCAAGGCGAAGCCCGAGGAGAACAGGAAGCAGCCCGCUCAGAAUGCAAAACCCAAUGGCAAAGCGGCUCCGGCGAAGCGGCCCCUGGAGGAAGAGGAUAAAGAGGAAGCCGGCGUUAAGAAGCUAAGGCUCUCGGAGGAACCGGCUGUUGCUGAGCCCACGGCCUCAGAGGUCAAGGUUGAAGAAGAAGCAAAGAUCGAAGACGAACCUGAGGUCAAGCCCAAAACCGAAGGGGCUGCUAACGGCGAAGCAGCCAAGGAAACCACUUUAGAAGUCAAGCAGACAGACCCGGCAGCAUCAGCCGUCCCGAAGGCGGAGAUGAUGCCGGUACCAAGGAGGAAGCCGGACGGUCCUUACGAGGAACCCUUCAAGUUUCUCUCCCCGGACCAUGAAGUCAUCAAGAACGUGUCGGAGUUCUACAAGAUCUCGCCGCGCUUCCCCUCGGACCGGUACAUGGUGCGCAAUGCGCUCGGCGAGCCCGCCAAGGCCAUCUACUACACGAGCGCGCUGGUGCGCGACAUUCUCGUGCUCAACGAAGGCCGCGGCGUCAAGUUCGUGCACGGCGGCGUCAAAAUGUUUGUCAAGCAGGACGCGCCGUCGGCCGAGGUCUGCCGCUGGCGCAUCCAGUCCGAAGGCAUGCCUAUCCUGCAUGGCUAUGUCGGCGAGGAGAGGGUUGUGGUUCUCAAGAAGAAGGAGACGCUCAAAAAGCUUCUUGUCGAAAUGUUCCCCAAGAUUACCGGGGACGACUGGAAGCGGAUGGACGAGAUCGGGGAGCGCGUCCGGGAUCUGGCGCUGGGCUGCUGCGUGCUCCGCAUCGAGCCCGAGGAAGGGGACGAGGACUUUUCCGAGCACAUGGCCCUGCCCCUGUGGAAGAGCUUUCAGAGUUUGAAUUUGAUGCUGCCCAAGGAAGAUCGCAGCGCCAUGUUAUUGCGGAUCUACAAUGAUACGACGCCGCUCAUCAAUAUGGGCAUACAGAAGAAUAAGGAUACGACGAAAGAUGACGAGGUAAAGGAUGAGGAAAUGAAGGACGCCGAGGCUCAGGAGGAGGCCAGCAUUGGAGAUGCGGAAACCUUGGUUGCACUUGUCCCAGAAGAGGAAGAUGGCGUGGUUCAGGAGGAAGCAGCUGAGGUCGCUACUGAUGCGGAGAUGGAAAAGCAUGAUUGAGCCAGGCGAUUUCUAGGCCGACUCGUCAUGCCUGAUAAACCCGCGUGCCGGGACGUUGUGCAUUACAUUCGGGAGGGAGCACGGGGAAAUAGACCUGGGUUUGUUACCGGCAGUUCCACGUCGAUCUGGUACACUGGUGAACACUGGCGAGCUGAGAUAACUGGAUCAGAAUAGUCAGCUUUGGCUUGCAGUGAUUGUCGUGGGUUACCCUUGAAAUACCCCAGGACCAAUUCGGCUCAACAGGUCAAGAACCGGUAGGCAAGACGUCAAACCGGUAGGACAGCAUAUUCAGGGGUUGAUUGACAAAAUACGCCGAGAUAGCCUGCCAACCCUAAUACAAACACAAGCAAAGCAGUUUGUGGUAUAUAUGCUCCUUUAGUCUGGAAU